GCCGGAGGUCAGACCUCCCAGGGGACUUUUCUAAUGCCCUUAGGGCACUUAGCUGGCCGGUCCCACCCCCCCUUGCCACCUGCCCUCGUGCUGCCCAUCAUGUUCAGUUGCCCAGGAGACCGUGAAGAGGCUGGCUAAGCAGACAGAAGGGAGGCAAAGGGCCUUAGCCUAAGGAGUCAGUCCGCAGACGCCUGGGAGGAGACACAGACCCUUGCUCCGUGACGUUCUGGGGGCCAGGAUGGGGCAGCAGUUCAGCUGGGAGGAGACCGAGGCAGCCGGUGAGAUGGACGUGGCAGAGCUGCAGGGGUGGUACAAGAAGUUCGUGGUGGAGUGCCCCAGCGGCACACUCUUCAUGCACGAGUUUAAGCGCUUCUUCAAGGUCACAGGCAACAGGGAAGCCACCCAGUAUGUAGAGGGCAUGUUCCGAGCCUUCGACAAAAACGGGGACAACACCAUCGACUUCCUGGAGUAUGUGGCAGCCCUGAACCUCGUGCUGAGGGGCACUCUGGAGCACAAGCUGAAAUGGACCUUCAAGAUCUAUGACAAGGACCGCAAUGGCUGCAUUGACCGCCUGGAGCUGCUUGACAUUGUGGAGGCCAUUUACAAGCUGAAGAAAGCCUGCAGGGUGGGGACAGAGGCCGAGCAGCAAGGCCAGCUGCUCACGCCUGAGGAGGUCGUGGACAGGAUCUUCCUUCUGGUGGAUGAGAACGGAGAUGGCCAGCUGUCUCUGAGUGAGUUCAUUGAAGGUGCCCGUCGUGACAAGUGGGUGAUGAAGAUGCUGCAGGUGGAUGUGAAUCCUGGUGGCUGGAUCUCUCAGCAGAGGCGGAAGAGUGCCUUGUUCUGAGGGCUCUGGGGCCCGGGGAGCCAGUGGGAGUCCACAGGCCUCUCCAAGACUCCAGGCAACCUGGCUCUGCCUGCUCAUGCCCACCCAUCCUGGCAGCCCAUGGGAGGGGGGAGGGGCUGUUGGUCUGAAGUGGCCAACAAGGCCCAGUCCACUGGGAAGAUUUCCUUGGGAGGUGAAGGAGACUGGCUCACUGUCCCCUGCAGCUGCUCUGGGAAAGCUAUGCCUUGGCUGAGUGGAUGUAGGCCUCCUACAAAUUCCUUCCUCAUGGCUGGAAGCAGGGGAAAAC